UGGGAGAAGGCCUGCGAGAGUAAACAAAACGUUCAGCAGAACAGAAUUAACACGGUUCUUACAGACCUGCUUCGCGCCCUCCGUGAACUCUUCAAUGCUGAACUCUUUAUCAAAUUGGUUUUCACUUUGUCAUGUUUUGUUUCUAUGGGGAAAGUGACAAAGUAACACCCCGGAAGUUCCGGAGCUGUUUACUUUCAUUAGUUGGUGAAUUUCUGAAGCAGGUUAAAUGGAGCUCCAGGAAAAAGUACCGGUGCCGAUAUUUACAGAAGUAGACAAGGACGUUUUUCUGCGAGAGAUCUACCCCAAGCGCAGACCAGCAGUGCUGAGAGGCCCGUGUCUCGGACCAUGCCUGGAGAAGUGGACAGCUGAAUAUCUUGGACAGAAAGGGGGAGACAAGGAAGUGAAGAUUCACGUAUCCGCUGUGCCACAGAUGGACUUCCUUCACAAAAACUUUGUGUACAAGACGCUGACAUUCAAUGAAUUUGUGAAACGGGCUUCUGAAAUAAAACACUCUGACUUCUUCCUCUGUGAGGAUGAGAGCUAUUAUCUGCGAUCACUGGGAGAGGACGUUCGAAAGGAACCUGCUGAUCUGAGCAAACAGUUCCCAGACCUGGCAGAGGAUUUUCACAUCCCGCACUUCUUUGCACCGGAUCAGUUUUUCUCCAGUGUGUUCCGCAUCAGCUCCUGCGGUCUGCAGCUGUGGACGCACUAUGAUGUGAUGGAUAACCUGCUGGCUCAGGUGACGGGGAUGAAGAGAGUGGUUCUCUACAGCCCCCAGGAUGCAUUGCACCUCUACCUGUCAGGUGAUAAAUCAGAGGUCCUGGACAUCGACUCCCCAGACCUGCAACGGUUUCCUGAGUUUGUGAAGGCAAAGAGAUACGAGUGUGUGCUGGAGCCUGGAGAUCUACUUUUUAUCCCUGCCCUGUGGUUCCACAACACCCUGGCACUGCAGUUCGGUGUGGGUGUGAAUGUGUUCUGGCGCCAUCUACCUGCUGACAGCUACGACAAAAAGGACCCGUACGGUAAUAAAGACCCCGUGGCUGCGACCCGGGCCCUUCAGGCGCUGGAGAGGGCCCUGCACACUCUGGAUGAACUCCCGGCAGAUUAUCGGGACUUUUAUGGCCGCCGUAUGAUACAGCGCAUCCAAAAGCGGACGUACUUUGACAAUCUGUCGAGCACAGCCAGGCAGGAGGACUCUGACAGUACAUUACCCAGCAGUCCAUUCACCAAGCCUGGAUAAGUGUGCAGGGAAAUGUGGAGUCGCCAAUAAAACACCUGUGUUGCUCUUCA